AUGCUGGAGUCGCGAUGGUUCCAAGUUAAGAGAGCUGAAAUGGACCCACAUAGUUAUAAAAGCUUAGGAGACAGCUUUCGGAUGAUCUUCCGAACAGAGGGGCUUUUUGGCUUUUACAAAGGAAUUCUACCACCCAUUUUAGCUGAAACACCAAAAUGUGCAGUCAAGUUUUCCACCUUUGAGCAGUACAAGAAACUGCUGGGAUAUCUGUCACUACCACCAAGGCUGACAUUUGCCAUUGCUGGACUUGGAACUGGAAUAACAGAAGCCAUUGUGAUCAACCCUUUUGAGGUGGUAAAAGUCGGUUUGCAGGUCAAUCAGAACACAUUCACAAAGCCACUAUCUACUUUUGCUUAUGCAAGGCAAAUCAUUAAGAAGGAAGGCUUGGGGAUCCAGGGCCUCAACAAAGGACUUACGGCAACUCUGGGACGUCAUGGAAUUUUCAACAUGGUUUAUUUUGGCUUCUACCACAACGUCAAAAACAUUAUUCCAGCCAGUACGGAUCCAACCUUGGAGUUUUUGAGAAAAUUUGGGAUUGGUUUUCUCUCGGGGACAAUAGGCUCUGUCUUAAACAUCCCCUUUGAUGUUGCCAAGACUAGGAUCCAAGGGCCCCAGCCAGUUCCUGGAGAGAUCAAGUACAGAAACUGCUUUAAAACAAUGGCGACAGUCUACCAGGAAGAAGGGAUUCUAGCCUUAUACAAAGGCCUGGUUCCCAAGGUGAUGAGACUUGGACCAGGUGGGGCAGUGAUGUUGUUGGUGUAUGAACACACCUAUGCAUGGCUGCAGGAAAACUGGUGAUGUGCUAAGAAAAU